AUGCUCACCAAACACAAGCUCUUCGAGAACAUCACGAGAAACAGCGAAUGUCGAGGAGCGCAGGUGCUCGAUGCGGUCUACAACAAUUUGUCCUCUUAUAAAAUAGCUGGUUCCGACUACAUGUAUGCUGACCGAACAGCAAAACGAAUCUCCUUCGAUGGCAAGUCCCUCGAACUUGAUUCAGAUCAGAUGGCUGCUAUCCGACUAGGAUGUGAUGAUCGCCGUCCAAUUGUGGCCAUUCGAGGACCAUUUGGCUCCGGAAAAACUCUGGUUGCUGCUUUAAUAGCUGCACGGGUUGUACGCAAACAAAAAGGCUUUUCUAUCAUCACUGCCACCACAAAUGGCGCAGUGGCGCAAAUCACCGACACCGUUCUGAAACUCGAUGAGUACAGAGACCUGCCCGUGCUGCGCUACGUGUCCGACACUUCGCUUAUUGAAGGAAAUCCUUCGACCACUGUCGAUAUAAAUAGCAUACUCAAGCGCCUACCCGAUGAUUAUUGA